AAUUAUUCAUUACACAUCUGGGCUGAUGGUAUGACUUCGGCAGGAACGGAACGGCAACUGUUCAGCUAGCAACUUAGCGAAGCGACUUUCUCAAAGACAGUGCUGCUGAGGCAUCAGUCGUUGCAUUCGCUUAUGGUGUAAUCAGACUAACCGUCUCUCCGUGAUGUAACGUUAUGCCCUCAAAACACGUUUUAUGCUUUCUGCGGGCUGACAAGCACCUGUAAUCAAGCAGUCACCCACUGACAAUGUGUCUUUAACAGCUGACAACUUAUCAAAACUCACCUUAAGUUUAGAAUUAGGAUUGCUAAAUGACCUAGAUUUGCUGUCAAACAGUAUCCACGGUUGGGCAUGUGAUGCUAAAUCAACUUGCCACUGUAUCUCAAGCUGUUUAUUCGCUGUUUAUUUCUCGAUCAACUUAAGUAAUCGAUCAGAUGAUGCGGAGUUUCGUGUGCACUUGCUGUUUAGCUUGUUGUUACUCGUAUAUACUGGUGUGCACAUUUCACCGAACGCUCAAGAGGAUGAAACACAAACAUUUAUUUUGAUCUGAACGCUCCCCUCAAGUAGUGACUGGACACUGUCCGGGGGUACGGACAGCUGCAGCUGUUGGGAGCGGUGUUUGAGCAGCUGAGGUCGGUAUCUUAUUUCAUAAAGACAUUAUAACCGUGUUGUCUGUGAGAUAAAUCAAGCUAAGCGUUGCUGCGAGCACAGUAUACCAUUUCUUGGCUGCAAUAAUGUUUCGAAUACAAUAGAAAGCAGCAGACCCCUAGCAUCCAAAACGUACAUGCUUGCUGUUUUCAAUUAGAUUUAUAAAGUAAAAAGAAAAAAAACUUAAACACUAAACGCUAAAAACAUUUCUAUCUCUUAAGAGCUUGGACACACCCUAAUCAAGCAAAACACGGUGUCGUUUUCAGCUGAGCUUUUUAAUUUCAAUAACCAGCAAAGAUGAAAAAAAUCCGAGAGGUUUAUAUGUUAUAAGUGCGUUUAAUGAUGUUAUUUUUAUAUAUAUAUUUUUUCGCUGUGUAUGCAAAGCACCACACCACACACCCCCUCUCGUGUACGUGAUCUGUAUGUGCUCGAUCAAGUCUGUCCUGCUCGUUGUUGAGGUGAUGAUGAAAUCAACGCACGCUUAUCUCGGGAUAAAUUGGGACCGUGCGUGUCACUGAGCGAAAUCUACAUUUGGACAAUCACAAUAAUAACAGCUUCUGCUAUGAUAGUUACGGUGACGUAGAUAGACUAAGCAAAGUCCAGAGAGAGAGAAUAGCGGCUGCGUUGCCGCUCGCAUUAGGCUUGCACUGAGCGAAACGGCUCAAAAGCAGAUCUGGAUCCGAACUUGGCGUCCGCGUGCGUCGUUUUAUCGCAAACGUCCGCCGAAUGUCAGGUGUGCGCGUUGUUGUGACAAAACUAGAGAGUUUGUGAGUCAGAGUUGCUGUGGCUACGAGAAGCUCCCAGUUGCGCUGCGCGGAGUUGAACCCCAGUAGGAGCAGCAGCCAGGAGAGGACGACUUUGCCUGACCUCGUUCGCGCUUCGAAUAUGUUCAAAUUCCUCAAGUUUUGCUCUCGAGAAUCCCCGAACUCAUGGUGAAGAGAAAGAAGACGCCGUCUGCUUCCGAAGAGCUCGAGAAUGGGAUGACAGUGGGCCAAGGGGGCGGUUCGGGAGUCGAGGGGCCGAGCAAACCGGACCGAAAGCCCGACGGAGGCGAGGAUGGAGAGAGCGCAGAUCAGGCGAGCGAGGAGACGAGUACAAAGAGAGUCGGAGAGGAAACACUUAAUCCAUCAAGCGCGGCCAGCCCCGGUUCGGCUCCGACUCUUUCCAGCCCGACACCGAGCCCAGCCGGAGCCCAGGUGAACCCGACAGCGCUUUCCCCGGUCCUGGCCGCCCCGAACAACCAGGACCAGCAUCAUUUUCUCCGCUCCAGCGUGCGACCUCCGAGCAAGCGGAUACGGAAAGAUGCCUCGUCCGCGGCGCUGAACGGUCACGGCGGUGCGAAAGCGAAAGGUGCAGAAGCAGGUCCCUCUGUGUGUGUGACAGCCGCUGCAGGUUCAGCUGGAAGUUCUGGGGCAGGUGGGGCAUCUAGAUCGGCCCCGAAGGGCCAGGGUCCUGCAGAGAAGGAGGAAGGGGGGAGUCAAAAGCGAGUGCGCAGACAGUGGGAGUCUUGGAGCACUGAGGACAAAAACAGUUUCUUUGAAGGACUUUAUGAGCAUGGGAAGGAUUUUGAAGCUAUUCAGAACAAUAUUGCUCUUAAAUAUAAGAAGAAGGGUAAACCAGCAAGUAUGGUGAAGAACAAGGAGCAAGUGCGGCAUUUCUACUACAGGACCUGGCACAAAAUCUCUAAACACAUUGAUUUCAACAACGUGUAUUCACGUGUGCUGAAAAAGUCCUCUCAGGAGCUCUAUGGCCUCAUCUGUUAUGCUGAACUCAGGAAGAAGGUUGGAGGCUUGAUGGAUGACAAAAAUGUGGCCAAACUAAAUGAGCUUAUCCAACAGGGGGCCACAACAGUGCGUUCCAAAGGCAGAAAUCUGAGGAUCAAAGCUCCCAUGUGCCGCGCACUGAAGAAACUCUGCGACCCAGAUGGGGUGAGUGACGAGGAGGAUCAGAAGCCUGUGCGUUUACCCUUGAAGGUGGCUGUCGAACUUCAACCACGGAGCAACCACUCCUGGGCUCGGGUUCAGAGUCUAGCCCAUAAUCCUCGGCUCAGGAUGGUUGUUGAGUUGCACCGGAAGGUCUCCACUCUCAUUGAAUUUCUGAAGCAAAAGUGGGCUGUCCAGGAUCAACGAAUCCGUAAGAGCCUCGCAGAGCGAGAAGCUCUAGACGGCCUGGCCCAGUCCAGCGAGUCGGAGGACCUGUUCUUGUUUCCGGCAGAGAACAGCACAGUUACUACUUUGCCAGGUGUGGCUCGUGUCGUGCACUCAAAAGCUUCCUGCACUGUACACUGGCAAGAGAGUGGGCGUGGCCGCACAGGUAUAAGGGACCUGCCUGCAGCUCACAUUUUGGGAAUUCAACCUGCAAGAGGAAAAUCUGGCAAGUCUGGUCCGGUGGGAGGAGACCCGAAAAAAAGCGACGGACACCCUGUUGACGGUCAUGAUAGCAGCACUUCAGCUCCAGGGUUGGAGACCAGUGUAAACCCAAACCUGAGCACUACCUCUCCGGUCAGUCCAACCCUCACUCCGUCACUCCCCAAUGGGCCGGAGGGAAACGCGGUGGGGACUCUUGAGCAAGAAGCAGCAAGUCAGACCGAUGCUAGUGGGCGGGACAAAGAGACUGUGACUCAGGGAGACCCCGCCCCAGUCGAGGGCCGGACUGAGGAGCCUGGAACGGCAGGAGGGGUCGCUUCAGAAAAAGCACCGCCACAAUCAGAACCGCAUGGGCGUGUCGAGGAAGUGAGCGGGUCUGGGCGAUCUCCUCAACAAAUCCAAAAUGAAGGUUGGUGCUCACAGGGCUCUGAGAAUGUGACACUGGCAGAAGUCUACCUCAUGCUGGGCAAGCCUGGGAAACUACAGCUGGAGUAUGAAUGGCAGACUAAACCCCAACCCUCAGCCCUGCUCACCACUCAAAGUGUGCUUCGGUGUCUCCUGAGACUUGUGUCAUCAGAGGUCAACCCCAAACCAACCCCGGAGGUGUGUUCAGUGGGCACUUCACCUCUCAAAUCAGGUCAAGAGGAAUCGUCUGUGACUCCUCCAGGCAGAGCUCCAGCCGGGGCGGCCCGCAGUCCUAGCUGGAGUCGUCAGCAACAUGCCGCACGCUCAAAAAUACUUCUGAACAAUGCGGUCAUCACAGGUGGGAGAAACCUGCCACGGUCUCUGCUGGCCUCUGGAGGUGACAGCGAAGGAUUUGCUGUCCCGACGACCCUGCCUCCUAACAGCUCCCGCCAACUAAGGAUGUUCUCUCCUAAUAAAGAGGCGGAGCUAGCCUUUCGCCAGCAGCUGGACUCCAUCAGUUCAGAUAUAUUUUCAAAGCAGCGGAAAAUAGGCAGGGGGCGUCCUCUAAGGAAGCCUCUUGUGGUUCAGAGAACUCUUCUGCCACGAACAACUGGAGACACUUCGCCUCAUGUUUGCUCCUUCUCCAUUCUCUCCAAUUCUUCUGCUACAGGAACUGGCUCGUUUCGUCCAAUACAAGCUCGCCUUGCCCCGUCCAAUCGCCAACUUUCCUCAAAAGCCUUGUCCGCCACAGCCAGUUCUGCUCCCGCUACCCAGCUGUCCAGUGCAAUUGACCUGGCUGCAAAAUCUGCAGGUAUUAUUCCUGGCAGCCCCUGUCGGGAAGCGGAGGCCUCUAAUAUAGAUAAGGCCAUAGUGGAGUCUGAGGAGGCCAUGGACUCGGCACCUGCUGCAUCUGAGCUAGAGCCAGAUCUACUUGAUCAGGAGCCUUCUGAGGAAUCAUUGCAGAAUGGUGUGUCUCCACCAUCUCCAGGGGGUGGGGACUCCCUCUUGGCUCCUCCAAGUGUUGCCUCCUUAUUGGAUAUCUCUCUACCUGGCCCCCCAGAGGAGUCUCUUCCUUCUGGAGAGCCACAAACUCAAAUCAGCGACUCUAUUAUUGAGCUCGCCAUCAACUCGCACUAUGGUGAUGGAUCAUUGCUCUCACCUCCUAAACUCAAUGGGAGUGAUAGAUCCAAGCUCCUUCCCUCUUCAUGUGACAGCUGGAUGCCGUCCCCCACACAUGACCCUCAGUGGUACCCCAGUGACUCUACUGAUUCAAGUCUUGGCUGCCUGCUCUCGAGUCUGGCAUCUCCUGAUAAGACAAGAAGGACAGCCCUGCCUCCUUCGAGUAACACAGCCUUACUUGGACCCAGUUUACUGGACAGCAACUCCCACGAUUGUUUUCAGUCCCGCGGCCUGCCGGAUGUAGCCGAGGUGGACACCCAGCUGGCCUGUAUGAUGAGCGAGAGCAGUGUCGACUACAUCGCCCGCUUCAAUGACCUCGCACAGGAGCUCUCUGUCACUGAACCGACCCUGCCACCUCCUCCUGAGGACUGACGCAGGGGGCGGAGACUGUCAUUGUUCACGUUGGACAGAAGAAUGUUAACCGGAGUGCAGUGCAGCUGUAGGAAGUGCAAUAGACUGGCAGGGUCCACAACAGCCUUUAGGCUUGUGUGUGUGUGUGUGUGUGUGUGUGUGUGUGUGUGGGAGCGUUCGUGGGAGCGUUCGUGUAUGCGUGUGUUGAUCAUUCUGUGGCUGAUGUCUUAUGAGCUACACCCAGGACACUUAAACAACAAAAAAAAAUAAUUCCAGUUUACAGCACAACCUCAUGUACAGAGAAAACAAGACCUGCCAUAUCUGAACAAAUACCGUCUUCUCAUCUGUGUAUCCGUCUCUGUUGUCUUUGUCUCACUUUUGUGUGCGUGCAUGUGCAUGCAUCUGUAAGUGGAGCUUGUCUUCGUCAUGUACACAACACGUUUAUGCGAAACCCUCUAAAGCCAUAGGAGUGCGUCUGUGGACGCGCUUCGUUUACGAGACCUCAGAAUCUGAUUGGUUUUCUUUUCAUCAGAAUGUUGCAAGUUUGUGAAAGCCACACUACUGAAAGGGACAAGGGCUUCUUUUUGUGAGAUUAUUACGAGGACUGAAUAACACACACUAAACGAAAUGACUGAUAACAUAAAUGCAGUGUAGUUGCAUCAAAAGUGAGAUUGAACAUAUUACGCUGUUUUUUUUUCUUCUUCCUCAUAACACUAGGACUUUUGUUUCCUGCCGAAUGAAUAUGAAGCCAAUAAUUUGUAGAUUCUAAAACUGAGUUUUCUUAUGUGAGACUGUGUGUUUGUGUGUGUUGUGUGUGUGUGUGUGUGUGUGUGUGUGUGUGUGUGUGUGUGUGUGUGUGUGUACAUUUAUGUGAGUGUUUGCACAGAUGUAAAUAGACAAUAACAGACCCCAGUAUUUACUGCUUUUGUAACAUAUUGUAAAUUAUUGUCAUUUGGAUUUAUUUAUUGAUAACUCACUGAGACAGUGUUUUUUGUUUAACAUGUCAGAUGCAGGCAUUUAGGAGCUCCUCUCCGCUGUUUUAAAGAGUUCUGUGUUGUUAAAAGGGGUUUUUUAAUCCCGAUGUGUAUAAAUAGAGCUACAACAAACA